AUGAAGCCAAUGAAACGAACUCAGGUCGAUCAAGACGACUCUGGGGACUUUAAAGAGUCCAAAAAAUUCCAUCCAUCACACAUCAGGAAUAGAGAGACAAGUACAGUGGUGGUAAAGAAUCUGCCAUCGAACUACAAUUUUUUCAAAGUACGAAAGCUGUUUUCUGAGUGUGGAGACAUCGAGCACAUCGAGGUGGUCAAAUCGUUGAGUGGUGAUUCGAAAUUAGCGAGAAUUGAGUUCAAGGACUACAAUGACGUGCUAACAGCCCUCACCAAGUCUCACAAAUCAAUAGGAUCCAACGAAAUUCUUGUGGAAGUUUUGCAGAAUUCCACAAUCUGGGUGACAAACUUUCCUCCCGAGUACGACGCAAUAUCCCUUCGUCAAUUAUUCAAUCAAGCAGGUGGGACCGUACUUAGUACUCGCUUCCCAUCUUUGAGGUUUGAUGCUCACAGACGAUUUGCUUACGUCGAUCUAGCAUCCCCCGACGAGGCCCAAUCGAUGGUCGAACAGCUCCAAGAUAAGGUGCUGGGCAAUUACAAGCUGGUUGUAAAACUUUCAAAACCCACAGCGGCAGAGAAACGAACAGAUUGUGCCGUUUUAGAGAGAAGGCAGGUCAUAAUUAAAAACCUUGAUCAGUCCAGAGUGACACAGGACAGGCUUCUACAGGAAUUCUCUCGUUUUGGUAAGGUAGAAAAGGUCACUUUACUCACACCAAGAAGCAAUGGCAAUCUGCCUGAUACGACGCCGAAGUUAAAUAGUGGUUUUGCUUUUAUCGAGUUUGCUGACCCAGAAGCGGCACAAUCGUCGCUGAAGUUGGACAAGUGCGAAAUCGAAGGUGCGACGGUGCACGUCAAUUUAGCGGAUCGAAAAGCCUAUCUUGAAAGACAAGCAGUAAAGCGUCUUUUAAGUCAAAGGUCGAAAAGAGAUCACAUCGUUAGCGUAUUCCCCCUUGACGACAAGACUUCAGUCCCUCAAUUGCAAAGUCUUAUUUCUGAGCAAGCCAAAAUUUCACCCGACGACCUUCGGGCCAUAUACUUGGUUUACGAUCAUGAGGGUGCACUAAUAGUGGCCAAAGACACACCUACCGCCGCGAAACUCUCACUGGCGCUAGGUGGAAUACAGUUUAAGAAGAAGACCCUUCACUGUGGUGAUAUAAAAGAUCUGAAAAACAACCACCCAAGAGACGCUUCAGUCCGUAAGCAGACCAAGCUUUCUUCGACUGUUGAAGCUUCACCAAAAGAUCAAUCAAGGGAUGUGUGCCCUAAAGGCAAAAUGACUAACGAGGAUUUCCGUCGAAUGUUUUUUGCGAAGUAG